AUGCGUUCGGGCGAUUUGCUAGUAGAGGUCAGUUCUAAAAAGCAAGCACAGCAAAUCAUUAAAAUAAAAGCUCUAGCUACAUAUCCUGUGACAGUUAGUCCUCACUUUUCCUUAAAUUAUACAAAAGGUGUAAUUACAUGCGGGGAAUUGUUCAAUGUCCCUCUUGAAGAAAUAACAAAAGAGCUUAAACCUCAAGGAGUAACGCAGGUAAGUCAAAUCAAUAUUCGACGGGAUGGUCAAAUUCAACCAACUAAACAUUAUAUUCUAACUUUCCAUAGUACCAAAUUACCAGAAUUCAUAUAUGCAGGAUAUUUAAAAUUGCCAGUUAGACCGCACAUACCUAAUCCGUUGAGAUGUUUUCAAUGUCAGCGUUUUGGGCAUUCCAAAGUUAAUUGCCGCGGGACCCUAACGUGCGCCCGCUGUGCAGAAAAAGGCCACGAAAGCCAACAAUGCCACGCAGAAGAAAAAUGCGUGAACUGCGGCGGAAAUCAUGCAUCGUAUUCUCGUUCUUGUGAACGCUGGCAACUCGAAAAACAAAUUACAACCAUUAAAAUAAAAGAAAAUAUUUCCUAUCCAGAAGCUAGACGGAAAAUUAUAGCAUCGACACCAAAACCCGGUUUAAGUUAUGCAUCUGCUGUGCAAAACUCCUUUUGUGAAAACUGCUCUUGUUCAAACUGUACAAAAAAAGGCAUCAAAACAAAAACACAGGCAAAAGUGUCGGAUUCUGACACUGAAACUUCCCUGACUAGUACUCCUGAUCAUAGUAAAACUAUUAAACUUAAACCACAACCGAAACCAAAUAAAUCCCUCAAGCUAAAACUGUCCAAACGUGGCCUGGCUACUAAAGAUCUUGCCAGUAAACUUAAAAAAACGACUUUAAGAAGUUCUGUUGCUCUGGGACUUGCAGAUAAAGGUGUCGCUCAUAAGGACUUAACGUCCAUUUUUGGUGGCCCAUCAAAAAGUCCCGAAAUCAUCUCGCUCCAUCCAUCUGAGGAAGAGGAUGAAUUUGAAAUGAGGUGCGAUGUCACGCAACCUCCGAACACUGCUCCCACACCUUCACUUGCAAAAAGACUUUCUUAA